AGGUAAGUUUCGCUAGCGACGUAGGAUGCUGCGACGAAGAUCCGCGGGUGUUCCUCAAGCGUCAGAGGGCACUACAGUAGAGGAUCGACGAACUGCGUCUACGAGUAAGCUUCGUGAUAUUUUCAAAAACGCGGGUUCAACUUUGGACGAAGCUCUGGACGAUUUUGAAAUUGCUACGAAGUUAACCCAGAAAAAUGCCGCUAUUCAACGUCGUGGAGCUGACCGGUUCUAUCAAUGGGCUCAUGAUGGUGGGAAUGCCGCGAUAGACGAUAUUGCCGGAAGAAUAAGGGAUCUGAUGCAUCUGCACGCCGAUCAGCAAACAGUCUUGGCUGAAGAAGUCGCUACUUAUGUGCAUCACUUGCGAAAAAUGAAAGAAGCCGAAGUGGAAGUGCGGGAUGCUGAAAAACAUCUAAACACAUUGCUAGAGAAGGAGAAAAGAAUGGAAAAGGAGCUGCACAGACUUCAACAUCCCGGAUUUUUUUCGAGAAGCAAACCUGGUGACACCCUGGUCAUACGACAUCAUCUACGAGAGCUGUUGCAGAUAAUUCAACAGCGAGAGAAAGCCGAACGUCAACUUGCAGACACUAGGGCUGAAUGUGAAGUCGUAAAAAUGUAUCGUUUUCGACAUGGAAUGAAGGGUAUCGCCGACUCUUACGUGGAUUACACAGAAAGAGCUUAUAACAUCUUUGGAUGUCACAGAGAAAUCACUGAGUUGGUGCCUGCUAUAGCAACAGAAGAUGUGAGGUAUAUGAAGUACGAAGGGGCUGUAAUUUCAAGGGAUCGAGUUGAACAAGUUCGGAGAUCGCUAGAGCCAAGAGAGCUGCAUAUGUCUUCAUCUUCUCAAAUGCCAGUCGGGCAGCUAUUGGGCGCGGCACAGCGAAGACGACGAAGCGAGCCGUUGCGGAUGGGCUCCGGAUGGGAUCCGAUCCGUCACGGAACGCCACCGCCACCGUACUCUGCCAGUGUGAAUCAGCCAUUUACCUCAAACCGUUGAGCCCUUGAUGAGACUUACCGUAAUCCACCCUUCCAUUGGUUGUUACAAAUAUUUCACUCUGCAACAUGCGGUGCGACUGCAGCUUUCCCAUCUCAAAUCACUUAAUAAGUCAGUAGCUCUCCUUUCUUUCCUGUCGGUCUACUAUGUUAAUUAUUGCAUAAUUUGAUGCAUAUUGUUAGUUUCUAAGCCAUAUAUCGGUUUAAUCAACGAAAUUUGAUUGUACAUGCCUCAUAUAGGGUGCAUAAUUGCCAUUGCUUUCUAUUUGGUCGAAGACCACCGUAAUAUACACUGACUGGCAUCAUAUUAUCCUCGUCCGUCAUCAAAUGACACUCGUAUUAUUGCUCCCCGUCUCCUCCUUCCCUUACCCUUUCACAUUCAAUUCCUGAACGUUAAGGUGAAUGACGAUUGUAUUGUCAGUGUUAGUCGUUGUUUUCACUAGUCCACCUCAUUUUAUUAUGUACACAUCUCGCUUGUGACGAAUAAACUAUACAUGGAUGUAUGC